AUGAAUAUUGGGGCUCUGGUUCGUGAAAUAUCACAACAAAUACCCUUGGACUCUUGGAAAUCCCCUGCAUCCCCAACACUCGCUGCCCCCGAAUCGACUUUUUUCUGUCACUGCGACGAAUUCAAAACCAAAAACAUCUGUGACUGUACCCAGCGCCACAAGGUAGUGGUGGAAAGCCUUAAAAGAGACUUGAAUCUCGCGGCUAAAGUAGGCCAAAGUCUGCUGUCACAAUUAUCCACCAUGGAAAGCCGCCUAGCCAGCCAAGAGGAGGAAUUUAAAGCUCGCCAGCAAGAGCUAGUCACACAAAACCACGAGCUUUUACAAAGAAAUGCAGAGCUUUUAGACUCGACCCGCGAGAGUGCUCAUUCCAUAGCAGACUCUGAGGCCCGCAUCGCCCAGCUCACGGCUCGACUGUCCGACGCCAAUGCACGCUGCCUGCGAUUGAACUCGUGGAUGUCGCUUGCACAAUCACUAGAGCACCAGGUUGCUAUGCUCGAAUCAAUGCAAGAGAGUCUGCAGUCUGAGCUUUCAUCAGUCAAGCAGGAUAAAUCUGUCGCUGAAUCCCGAUGGCGUGCUUCCGAACAGCUGGUUCAUAUUGUUUCCAGGCAAUACAAGCAAUUGAGUCUGGACAUUAACAAGAGCACACAUCCUUCCUUCUCUACUGAGCAGAUUUCGAAUCUAGACGAUGAACCGGCAAACUGGAUAGCCGACAACACACCAGAAGUGCCGUCCCUUGACGAUAUCGACGAUACUAUUGAUUCGAGCUUCGAUGCAGACAUUUUCCUACCCACAGAAAGCACGCCGCUACGAUCCCAAAAAAGCAUGCCGGCAAAUUUGGCCCCGCGACCUCAUUAUCACAUCUCGUCCUUCAAAUCGUUGGAUGAACUCAAAGCUGCUGCCGCUGCCGCGGCUGCUGCCACUGCUCGCCCUGCGCGUCCCCUUCAACCACAGCACUCUAUGCAACACCUCCAACCUGUUCCGGCGCGGGUGUCGACCGCCAUGUCUCGAGAAACUCUCAAUAGCACGCGGCCGAUUCUACGCCGUAACUUUUCACACGAAAGUGUGCUCUCGGUAAUGGUAGAGCCCCAGCCCCUCGAAAAGCCGGCCAUGGCGACGGCUGAGCUCGCAAAAGCGGCCCUCACAGACUCCCAGGCUCACGCAACCAAAAGCGGCGUCAAAACGAAUGCCCGUGAACAAUUAUUGGGAAUUAAAGGACUCCAGGCUUCUCUGGACCAGCGCUCAGCUGUUCGUACCGAGGCGGCUCGCUGGAGAUUUGUUCCAUUCAGACGAUAG